AUGCCGUACUGCUAUGCAUCGAUGGACAGGAAACCCUUGAUGCCCUAUACUCCGAAUGCCUUUCGCUCUCGCCUGGCCGUCGAUGAUGCCCCGGUGCCCUACAAGAAUGCGUCCACCAUCGAGUUCAAUGACGGCAUCCACACCUGCCACAAGAGAAGGUUCCAGACCACCAACGCAACGGUGUACACGGGGGAGCCUUGCGAUCCAAGGAGCAACCAGGGUGUGAUUGCGGCUCAGACGCGGUUCCGCAAGUUCAUGCAGGCUUGGAUGGGGAGCUGA